AUGUUCACUGGCCUCGUUGAGUACAUUGGGACGGUUACGUCUCUGGAGCCCCUCGACACAUCGUCAAGUGGGGGCGGGGGAACAUCACUGACCAUUUCUGAUUGCGAAGAGAUCCUCAAAGAUGCCCACCUUGGCGACAGUAUUAGUGUAAAUGGGACGUGCCUGACAGUAACCGCAUUUGAUAAGACCUGGUUCAAGGUCGGCGUCGCCCCCGAGACGCUUCGCCGGACAAACCUGGGAGCAUUGGAAAAGGGCUCCCGGGUAAAUCUUGAGCGGGCUGUUCUGGCAGAGACGCGGAUGGGCGGUCACUUCGUACAGGGUCAUGUCGACACUGUCGCAAAAAUCCUGUCCGUCACUCCGGAUCAGAACUCCUUGGUAUUCCGACUACAGCCUCGCGAUCAGGGUGUAAUGAGAUAUAUCGUGGAGAAGGGCUUUGUCACACUGGAUGGAGCCAGCUUGACGGUGACCAAGGCUGUGGAUGGGCCAGACGGGUACUUUGAGAUCAUGCUUAUUGCCUACACACAAGAGAAGAUUGUGACAGCUGCUAAGAAGCCCGGGGAUUAUGUCAACGUAGAGAUUGACAUUGUGGGCAAAUACGUCGAAAAGAGUGUCCAGGGUUACUUUGCUGGAACCGCUGGAGGGGACAUGAGCAUCCUGGAGAAAAUGGUGUCUCGCAUUGUAGAUGAGAAGCUAAAGCGGUGA